AAUCUUCGCUCUCGACCAGCUGUUUUACUACUGCGAGUCUCGUCCCCGCUGCGGCUUUGUUCGUAAUUUUUGCGUCUUCAGCCAUUUGAGCUACGGCAGUAUCAGCCACAAGCACGUAGCCAUUGAUAUUAGGGAGGAGGCAGCAUCGGUGUGAUAUUUUGGUGGUGGUGGUGGUGGUGGUAUUUUCGCGUAUCAGUGGGAAUAAGUAUUUGGAAAUGAGUUCAGAUAGCAGGAGUCGAAGCAGGAGCAGGAGCAGGAGCAGGAGCCCACUGGAUCGUAAAAUCCGGUCUGAUCGUUUUUCAUAUCGUGAUGCACCAUACAGGAGAGAAUCACAUCGGGGUUUCAGUCGAGAUAAUCUUUGCAAGAACUGCAAGCGGCCUGGCCAUUUUGCAAGAGAAUGCCAAGAUGUCGCAAUUUGUCACAAUUGUGGUCUCCCUGGGCAUAUUGCUUCCGAGUGCACGACAAAGUCGCUAUGUUGGAACUGUCGAGAACCCGGUCACAUGGCAAGUAGCUGCCCUAAUGAAGGCAUCUGCCACACCUGUGGCAAGGCAGGACAUCGGGCCAGGGAAUGCACGGCUCCUCCGCUCCCCCCUGGCGACUUGAGGCUUUGCAAUAAUUGCUAUAAGCAAGGUCAUAUAGCAGCUGAUUGUACUAACGAGAAGGCGUGCAACAAUUGCAGGAAGACAGGCCAUCUUGCUCGCGAUUGUCCAAACGAUCCUAUUUGCAACUUGUGUAAUGUAUCAGGGCAUGUGGCCAGACAGUGUCCGAAGUCCAACGUCCUCGGAGACCGAGUCGACCGAGGCAGUGGCGGUGGCAGUGUGCGUGGUGGUGCUGGUGGUUACCGGGAUGUUGUGUGUAGGAAAUGCCAGCAGCUUAGCCAUAUGAGUAGGGAUUGCAUGGGCCCUUUGAUGAUCUGCCAUAACUGCGGGGGACGAGGUCACCUGGCAUACGAAUGCCCUUCUGGUCGGUUUAUGGACCGUUAUCCCCGGAGGUACUGAUGAUCAAAAGAGAUAAAAUCACACGUCCUCGACGAGGUUAGACCUUCAGAUUUUGCUGGGAGUUUAGAUAAUCUGAGAACUAAACUUUAUAGAUUGCUCUACUCGGAUGCAUUGUAGUAUUUGCUCGUGCUAUUAUUCCGAAACAUUGCUAUGCGGUUUAGACGAUGAAUUUUCGGUUUCAUUGAUCUUGGUUCUAUGGUUCUAAAUGAUAAAUAUUUAAGAAA